UAGAGCUGCUUCACCAGUGGAACUUUACUGCAUUGUCAUGUGCUUCAUAUGACGAAGAAUGGUCUCACCAAACACGUACUGCGCUCCACAUACGUUUACGACUUUACAAACCUUAAGAGUGAGCUGAAAUUAGCUCAGCUCACUUUAGCACCUGACCUGACUGUCCAAUGCAUUAUCCAAAAACUUGGACAUAGGCAAGCUGAAUAAGUUUUCAAGUCAAGGAUCCGAUCAUGUCACAUCCAUGUAAAUGAUUGCUAAUUUCCAGCCAUCUGCGGCGCACCAAGAGCACCCGUUAGGGUCUUACAAUGGCAAACCGUCAGGAGCUCCAAGGAAAGUGGCGAAAGGAGUAUGAGAAGUGCUUAGAUUCAGACACAUGGGGCCAGGUAGAGGAAGCCUGCGAGCUGUACAGAAGAUUGGCCGCAUGGCUCGUGUCGGAGGACGUUGCCAGCACGAUGCGCCUCUCCACCAAAGAGCGCGAGUUUCUGACCCACGUGGCCGGAUGCCUGACGAUCCGCGCGGAGACGCUGGUGGGGGACGGGCGGGGGGGGCUCUCUCUAGAGAACAUGAAGCAGCUGACGUCAUCGUUCUCGAGGCUGCUGGUGUCCGAUGACCUCACGCUGCCGUUUCCAGUGCCCACAAGGGAGAUCCGGCGGUCGCUGCACCGGGUUGCCUCCAGCGGAACGAUGCCCAACGAAGCGGACACCGGAUCGCACCUGCCCCGGGCGAUGCUCGAGUCCCCGGGGGACCAGUCCCUGUCCAUCACAAUUGAGAAGAUGGGGUUCAAAGACGCGACGCUGUUCAUCGACCCGUUCUUCACGGUCAGCCUCACAGAUCGGGACGGCCGGCUAUUGGAGGCGGCACAGGACACCCCGGUCACAAAUAACACCAAGCCCAACUACGUCGUGUCGGGCGCUACCGUGCACAUCCAGUCUCCCGUCAACCGCGUCUCGCAAGGCGCCGCCAUCUUCAUCGAGAUGAAGCACUUCAAGCCCAAGAAGAAAAAGACGAGCACCAAGGCGUGGUGCCUCCUCGAGAUGGACGAGGUGAAACCGGGCCCCGCCGUGCUGGAGAUAUACAGCAAGCCGACGGACCUCAGCCGGAAGAAGCUCAAGUUGCUGAGCGUGAAACCCUUAUACCUGCACGUCGACCUAGCGUUACGGACGCUUUAGCACCUAUUCCUAUAAUCCUGUCAGUCGUGUUGAAACAAGCAUGCGCCGGUUCCCACCCCAAUGUUAAGCCCGCCCGCAGUACUAUUGCAAUAAUGCCCCGAUCACAGCGCGCGCAGGCAAUCAUUGCAAGUUAGUUCUAGACGGUAUAACUGCCCCGUCCCAGCUCGCUGAGAAGUCGUAAGGCC